AUGGGAAAUCAUUGUCAACAAUAAUAACAACCCGAAGAUGAUAUUAAAAUAUACACUCCAGGUAAAGCAAUUGAACCGCCAGUCUAAAAUGAACCCUAAGUACCUAAACCCCCCGAGGAACCAAUCAAACCUCAAAAACCUAUCGUCGAUGAAUCAAAGAUAAAAGAAAGUGAAGAGAGGAGUGCAGUAGCAAUACAAUGUGCAUUCAGAAAUAAAGUUGCUCGACAAAAGGUUAAUGAAGAAAAAUAAAUGCUUGAAGAAGACAAGCCAAAGGAUUGGACUCAGUUCGAUGAAGAAUUUAAAAUUCCAACCUUACCAGAUGUCGCCUAUAGAAAAAUCAACAAUUAGAUCUCAAAUGAAUAUCGAAUGCUGCCUACUUAUAUAAAAGAUGGAACCAUCUAUAAAGGUUAAUGGAAAAGAGGUGUAUAGUUCGGAUACGGAUAAAUGUUGAGAAGCGAUUCAACCUAUUUAGAGGGACAAUGGAGAAAUGGUAUAUUAGAGGAUGGUGCCAUCUAUUUCCCUAAUAAAGAUCUCUAUCUAGGAACAGAGUAAAUUGGUGUAAGGAUAUACCAUAAUGGAGUCCAAUAUUCUGGAGAUUGCUUAGAUCGAUUGCCUCAUGGAAAAGGAGUGGAGGAACAUCCAGACGGUACUAUCUAUGAUGGAGAAUUUCAUAAGGGACAAAAACAUGGCAAAGGCUUAAUUAAAUUUGCUGACAAAUCAGAAUAUAAUGGGGAAUAUGUGCAUGGGGAAAUUGAAGGACAAGGCACAUUCAAAUGGCCAGAUGGAACUCACUAUGUUGGCCAAUGGAAAAAGAGUAUGAUGAAUGGAAAUGGUAAAUUACAUUUACCAGAUGGAGUCGAGUAUGAAGGGCAAUUUCAUGAUGACCUCAUGGAAGGCUACGGAAUUAUGACAUAUCCUGACAAAUCAAGAUAUGAAGGACAUUUUAGAAAUAAUAAGAGGGAAGGAAAAGGCUCUGUCACUACUUGCGAUAAAGUUGUUACUGAAUGUGAUUGGGAAGAUGGAAAAUUAAUGAUUAAUCCAGAAUAAUCCCACAAAUGA